AUAGGGAACAAAACGUGAAAAAAUUAUUAUUCAGCCAGUAUCCAGAACACAACAGAUACUAUGACUAAACAUAUAAUAACACUAUUUUUCCUCCUGUAUGCUCAAUGUUAUUGUGAAAAUUCAACAUAUACUACAAAAUACGAUAAUGUCAACCUAGAUGAGGUUUUAUCCAGUGAGAGAUUACUAAAUGGCUAUGUUAACUGUUUAUUGGACCAGGGACCAUGUACUCCCGACGGCAAGGAAUUGAGACGUAACCUGCCAGAUGCAAUUCAAAAUGAUUGUAAGAAAUGUACUGAGCGUCAAAAGAACGGUGCAGAUAAAGUAAUGCAGUUCAUCAUAGAUAACAGACCCGAAGACUGGAAGAAGCUAGAGGAAAAGUUUAAUCCAGAUGGUAGUUACCGUUUGCAGUACAUAACUCGUAAAAACCAAGUGAAUUCAACAGUUUCUGAUUAGUAUGGAGGAUGAACUUAAAAAUCAGGCAUGAAUCUUUGUAAUCCGCAUUACGAAAGUCGCUAAUAAAAUUUGGGUAUAGCAAUG